UGUGGAAGGGGGAGGGGUAGAAGAAGGGGGGCCUUGCGCUGCUCUGUCCAGGCUUUUUUUUUUUUUUUUUAAAGAACAGUCCAGUGGAACUAGAGUGCCUUUUGUCUGUUGAUACGAUCAGAGGACCGCAGGAAGUGAAGGAGCUCGAGAGCCUUUCUGUUAACCUCUGUGACUCUUCUUCCUGCUGCUGCUGUUGAUCUCCAGGAGACUUGAGCCGGGCGGUCUGUUUGCCUGUGUUCUGCUCAGCCACGACAGAGCGCUCGACAUGAAGGGCACGGGGAGUAGAGGAUGUCUGCAGAAGCCUUCGGAGCCGGGGGCAGCGAUGCCCAGCAGACCCUGCAGUCCUUCUGGCCUCGCGUCAUGGAAGAGAUCAGGAACUUGACUGUGAAGGAUUUCCGUGUGCAAGAGUUGCCUCUCGCUCGAAUCAAAAAAAUCAUGAAGCUGGAUGAGGACGUCAAGAUGAUCAGCGCGGAGGCUCCCGUCCUGUUCGCCAAAGCGGCUCAGAUCUUCAUCACAGAGCUCACCCUCAGAGCGUGGAUCCACACCGAGGACAACAAGCGGCGCACGCUACAGAGGAAUGACAUCGCCAUGGCAAUAACAAAGUUCGACCAGUUUGACUUCCUGAUCGACAUCGUGCCCCGGGACGACCUGAAGCCUCCUAAACGACAGGAGGAGAUGCGGCAGUCAGUGGCUCCAGCGGAGCCGGUGCAGUACUACUUCACACUGGCCCAGCAGCCCGGCGCUGUGCAGGUGCAGGGCGCGCAGCAGGCCCAGCAGCCCGGCGCACAGACGGCCACGACCAUCCAGCCCGGACAGAUCAUCAUCGCUCAGCCGCAGCAAGGACAGAUGCUGCAAGGGGCCACCAUGCAGCAGCUACAGCAAUUGCAGAUGCUGCAAGGUGCAACCAUGCAGCAGCUACAGCAUGUGCAGCUGCAGUCACAGGGCACACCCAUCACGAGUGCGCCUGUGGCGAUGCAGGUGGGUGAGGGCCAACAAGUACAAAUUGUCCAGGCUUCGGCUGCUCAGGGUCAAGCUCAGACAGCUCAAGCCCAAGGCCAGACCAUGCAGGUCAUGCAGCAGAUCAUCACCAACACUGGGGAAAUCCAGCAAAUCCCGGUGCAGCUAAACACGGGUCAGCUCCAGUACAUCCGUCUGUCCCAGCCUGUGUCCGGAGCUCAAGUGGUCCAAGGACAGAUCCAGACGCUCGCCAACGCUCAGCAGAUCACACAGGCAGAUGUACAGCAAGGACAGCAGCAAUUCAACCAGUUUACUGAUGGACAGCAGUUGUAUCAGAUCCAGCAGGUGACGAUGCCGGCGGGACAGGAGUUGAGCCAACCGAUGUUCAUUCAGUCCACCAACCAGACAGUCGAUGCACAGGUCACGCAGGUCACCACCGAAUGAGCCCAGCGGGCAACCUUUUUCUCCACUCACUCACUCACACACACGUGCACACACACACACACACACUCACACACACGUGCACACACACACACACACACACACACAUACACACCAGCCCGUUCGAGGCAAACCGAUGCCACCGACCUGGACGAAAGGACGCUCGAUAAACUUCAAUUGUAGGGCCCGCUCAUCUAGACGAGGGAGCUGAAAUGUUAUAACACUCUUUGUAAUAAACUUGGUACGCGGGAUUAAAAACGGAAACCAAAGGACACCGAUUGACGCUCUCGAAUUGACAUGUUAAGUUGCAUCCAUGCUUAGAUGCGGCUGACUUUUUGUACUUUUGUCACCGACCGUCCGUGGACAAAAAUAUGCAUCCACUGCCGCGGCCCCUGAUAGCCGUCUCUCCGCAGAGCGACUCAGCGAUACCGCCAUGGCGAUACUUCAAAGAUCUCUCAAACAGAAGAAAGUGUUUUUUUCCUGGCGCUUUUCUUUUUGCUCUUUAUUUGGAAAUGAAUUGGGGAAGUGUGUGUGUGUCUCUCUCUCUCUCUCCAUGAUAUGCUCCUGGUCUAUCUGAAUCAUACCCUCCAUAUUGUUUCCCAUGUAGUUGACAGAUGAAGUGAAGCCAUAUACCUCAGAUAUCACUUUAAGGGAUCUUGAGAAGAGGUUAUACGUUUCAACAAUUUCAUGUAGUUUCUCUUGUUUUUUUUCUCCACCACAUUGAUAAUGAAGCAUGACUUUAAGGGGCUUUACCAUUUACCAAACCCCCCCACCUUUUCAUAGAACUUCCUUUUUUCAAUACAAUUGAUUGUCUUUUGGUUUCAAGAUGAUGUUUUGGUCUCGUAUCCUCCCGCUCAUUUUUUUUGUACAGUAAUGAUUAUUGUCAAUGUUCUUAUUGUUGUUUUUGCAUGUAGUUUAAACUGCCAGCAUGACAUGCAAUAGAUGGGUACAAUUUUAUUUUUGGAUGAUCCUUUUUGUAAACAGUUUGUGAGAAAAAUAAAUAAAAAAACACAACUUGUCAAAUAGUCA